AUGAGAAGUUCGCUGCCGCCUCAGGCGCCCGUGGUGCUGUGGCUCCUGAUCCACUGCUCAGGCCAUUAUGCUGCUGGACUGGACACCAACGAGACCUCCUCUGGGACAGGGGAACUGUUUUUCCACAGUGCUGAUGGACUUGAGGUUUCCUCAAGACGUGACAUGUCCUUAGAAAGGGAGAUUUCUCCUGUGAGUGAAAAGCCUUCCAGUAGUGAACUGUCCUCUGGGAGCGACUAUGACUAUUCAGAAGAGUAUGACAAUGAACCACAAGUAUCUGGCUAUAUUGUAGAUGACUCAGUCAGAGUUGAACAGGUUGUUAAACCCAAGAAAAACAAGACAGAAAGUGAGAAGUCUUCACAUAAACCAAAAAGAAAGAAAAAAGGAGGCAAAAACGGAAAAAAUAGAAGAAACAAAAAGAAGAAAAAUCCAUGUGAUGCAGAAUUUCAAAAUUUCUGCAUUCAUGGAGAAUGCAAAUAUAUAGAGAACUUGGAUGCAGUAACAUGCAAUUGCCAUCAUGAUUACUUUGGUGAGCGGUGUGGAGAAAAGUCCAUGAAGACUCAGAGCAUUGUUGACAGUGAUUUGUCAAAAAUCGCACUUGCAGCCAUAGCUGCCUUCAUCUCUGCCGUGAGCUUUACUGCCAUCGCUGUUGUCAUUACAGUCCAGUUUCGAAAACGAUAUGCCAGAGAAUAUGAAGGGGAAGCAGAAGAACGAAAGAAACUUCGACAGGAAAAUGGAAAUUCACAUGCACUAGCAUAA